UCCGAAGUGGAAACCAGUCUGCAAGCGCGCCCGCUGAAGAUUGAUCUAGCUGGUUGGCACCAGUUUGAACGUUUGUAGGACGAUUCAGAGUGGCCUUUAAAUCCAAUUCCAUCCAAGUAAUUCAAGAUGAGCAAAGCACAUCCUCCCGAACUGAAAAAGUUCAUGGACAAGAAGUUAUCGUUAAAGCUGAACGGCAACCGUAGGGUGACAGGCACUCUGCGAGGUUUCGAUCCCUUCAUGAAUCUUGUCAUGGACGAGACUGUUGAAAAUCUUCCCAGUGGGGAGAAAUUUGACAUUGGCAUGGUGGUAAUCAGAGGAAACAGCAUCAUUCUUCUAGAGGUACUGGAGAGAAUAUAGCGUUUUGCCAUGGGCAGCUCUGAUCCUAAAAAGAACAAUGUUUGUCCCCAGUCUUUAAAAACAUCUGACUGGAAGGUGAAGCCUGGAACUUUGGGACAAGAGCAACAGUUACCGAUGCCUUGAAACUGAUUGAUGCUCUUUGAAGAUUGUUGGAGUCAUUCAAAUGUCGUUUGGAGGCUUUUAUUCAGUGACUGCAUCUUUAGUUACUUUAGCCACAUGUACAGUACAUGAACAUUUCCUUGGUGCAGUGCACAAGGCCUGUUUGGUAAUAUGUCUACCAUAUGAACUCCAUGUUGCAAGAAUGGGGUAAACGAAAUGGUCUCAGAAAUCUAUUUUAGAAAACGGAAACUAAUGUAUAUCUGUAACUCUAACCUCUUCAGAUCCUUUAGAAUCCACAUGAAUGAAUUUGAAGGAUUUGGUAGAUAUUAGGGAGCUUUUGUCAGAAAUGGAAUUUGAUACCCCAUAAAUAUUGAACCACAAAGGAUAUAGUCUUUGAUCUCCUGCACAGUGGAAGAUAUUGGUUGUGUGGAAAGUUUCCAGUGGAAAAUUGUGAGUUUUUUAUUUGCUAUGAAGAAUAUUGACUCAAGUUCUCAACUACAAGUACUUUUGUUAUGUCGUCAUUGAGUUAGCCACAAACGGUAUCUCUUUCAAGUUGACCCUUUAAUACGUCUGUAGUAAAUUUUUCAUUGUAAAUAAUUUUUUUGAAGUGUCUGUCGCUGGCUUGCUUGUAAUUCUGUAAAGUAGUACAAGUGUUGAAGUAGUGCCAUACAAUGAUUUAGGUUGGGAUGGGAUGGGAGUGUGUGGAGCUGAAUAAAAACAAGGCUCUGAACUUUUUAUGACCAACAGAAAUUGUCCAUUCUACCUGCACUGUAAUCCAUGAACAUGUAUUUUGAUUUUGAAUACCUGGUAGUGUGCCAUGGUCUAUGUUCUCUUCAAUGAGAUGCUUCAAAGCUGAAGCAUUUUAUAAAUCAUAUCCGUAUUAUGAACCUUUUAAGGGCAGGGUCUUGUGAGGGAUGGUAGUAACCCGUGGUCCUUCCAGUUUUAAGAUGCCCUUUUCUGAUUUUAAAUGGUCGAGACAAUCAUUCCAAAUAAAAAGUUUGUUCCUUUUUUUAUUUA